AUGUCGUACGAAAGUGAAAGGGUGUGUCUUGAACAUUUGAUGGAGGAAUUUCUAUCGGACGAAGACAGUGAUGAUUGUGUUCGUGAUAAAAACUGUACAGCCUCAAGUGACGAUGACAGUUCCAGUGAUUCGUCAAGUGAUAUUCCACAAAUAAGGAAACCCAAAUUAUUCCCAAGCAACAAAGAUAUGCCCUCUUCUUCAAAAAAUACGGACGGGAGUUCUAGAAUAGACGACAUAUUUAAAGCCGUUAUAUUGCAAUAUAAAAUUGCGGAGGAGGAGAGUUCUUCAGAAGAAGAGUUGGGUGCUGACCAAGGCAAACCACUGUCAUUGAAAAAAGUUGAUGGCCAGAAGUUACAGAAUAUUCCCUGUAAUAUUCAAGAUUCAGGUUUCAAAAAUGAAUAUUUUGAAAUGUUUGAUAAAAGAACCUCCCAAAUUUUUUCAACUUUUCAUGGACGAUGA